UCUGAGGAUGGAAGUGGAAGCAGACACUCUGGCACCAGUUCCCUGAAGGUCCAGUCCAUCCAGCUGUUCUGUGGGGAGCAGCCCAGGAACCAGAGGCAGCCACCAUGGCCCAAGGGCUAGAGGUGGUCCUCACAGACUUCCAGAGCUCCAGGAACAACCUGCGGCACCACACGCAGGAGAUCAGCGUUGACCGCCUUGUUGUUCGCCGGGGCCAGGCCUUCAGGAUCACCCUGUACUUCCGUAACCGGGGCUUCCAGCCAGGCCUGGACAACAUCAUCUUCAUGACUGAGACUGGACCCCUGCCAGACCAGACCAAGGGGACUCAGGCCAUGUUCAGCCUGACAGGCCGUGGUGGCCCCAGCUCCUGGAUCGCCUCUCUAGAGACCAACGGGCCCACCUCCCUGGAGGUGAGCCUGUGUGCUUCUCCCACGGCGGCUGUGGGUCGGUACCUCCUGAAAAUUCACAUUGACCCCUUCCAGGGGUCUGUCACAGCCUACCAGCUCGGGGAGUUCAUCCUGCUCUUCAAUCCCUGGUGCCCAGAGGACGCUGUCUACUUGGACAGUGAGCCCCAGCGGCAAGAGUAUGUCAUGAAUGAUUACGGCUUCAUCUACCAAGGGAACAAGAACUGGAUCCGCCCGUGCCCCUGGAACUACGGACAGUUUGAAGACAACAUCAUAGACAUCUGCCUGACGCUGCUGGACAAGAGCCUGCACUUCCAGAUUGACCCGGCCACAGACUGCGCCCUGCGGGGAAGCCCCGUCUACGUCAGCAGAGUGGUGUGCGCCAUGAUCAACAGCAAUGAUGACAGCGGGGUGCUCAAUGGAAACUGGAGUGAGAGUUACAUGGACGGCAUCAACCCUGCGGAGUGGACGGGCAGCGUGGCCAUCCUGAAGCAGUGGCAUGCCACUGGCUGCCAGCCCGUGCGCUACGGGCAGUGCUGGGUCUUUGCCGCCGUCAUGUGCACAGUGAUGAGGUGCCUGGGGAUCCCCACCCGUGUGAUCACCAACUUUGACUCUGGCCAUGACACAGACGGAAACCUGAUUAUAGAUGAGUAUUAUGACAACACAGGCAGGAUUUUGAAGAAUAAGAAGAAGGAUACCAUCUGGAAUUUCCACGUCUGGAACGAGUGCUGGAUGGCCCGAAAGGACCUGCCUCCCGGGUACGGAGGCUGGCAGGUGCUGGACGCCACCCCUCAGGAGACGAGCAAUGGCCUCUACUGCUGCGGCCCCGCCUCUGUGAGAGCCAUCAAAGAAGGCGAAGUGGACCUGGACUACGACACGGGCUUCGCCUUCUCUAUGGUGAACGCCGACUGCGUGUCCUGGCUCGUCGAUGGAGGGAAGGAGCAGAAGCUUCACCGGGACACGAGCUCGGUGGGCCAUUUCAUCAGCACGAAGAGCAUCCAGAGUGACGAGCGGGACGACAUCACGGAGAACUACAAGUACAGGGAAGGUACCCCUCAGGAGAGGCAGGCCUUUCUGAAGGCUCUACAGAAGGUGGAGGCCAGAAGGUCCCAAGGCUCCCUGCGAGCAGGCUCGAGACCUUUCAGGCCCACACCGAGGAGCCAGGAGGACCCUCGGAGUUCCCUUCGACCCAGUGAUGUUGUCCAGGUCUCUCUGAAAUUCCAGCUGCUCGGCCGGCCCAACAUGGGCCAGGACAUAAGAUUUGUCCUGUUGGCCCUCAACGUGUCGUCCCAGUCCAAGGACCUCAAAGUGAACCUGAGUGCCCAGUCUCUGCUGCACGAUGGCAGCCCUCUGCCCCCAUUCUGGCAGGACACGGCAUUCAUCACACUCUCUCCUCAAGAAGCGAAGACCUACCCCUGCACCAUCCCCUAUUCCCAGUAUAGCCAGUACCUGUCCACGGACAAGCUGAUCCGCAUCAGUGCUCUGGGUGAAGAGAUGAGCUGCCCUGAGAAAAUCCUGGCAAACAAGAUCAUCACCUUAUCUUAUCCAAGCAUCACCAUAAAUGUUCUAGGACCUGCCAUUGUGAACGAGCCACUCUCCAUAGAGGUGAUAUUCUCAAACCCCCUCUCAGAGCAGGUUGCAGACUGUGUGCUGACCGUGGAAGGAAGUGGCCUCUUCAAGAAACAGCAGAGAGUCCUCAUUGGAGUCCUCAAACCUCAACACAGAGCCAGAGUCACUCUGAAGACUGUCCCCUUCAAGAGUGGCCCAAGGCAGAUCCAAGCUAAUUUGAGAAGUGACAAGUUCAAGGACAUCAAGGGUUACAGGAACGUCUAUGUAGACUUUGGAUUAUAAAUUCUGGGACA